UGCGCUGUGUCCCUCAGACACAGCGGAUCACUGAUCAAUGGAAAGAGCCGAAGAUGUCAGCUCGGUCAUGUGAUCAGCUGUGUCCAAUCACAGGUGAUCACAUCAGUGCCACCUGUCAGUGCCCAUCAAUGACAGCUGUCAGUGUUCAUCAAUGCCCAUUAGUGCCCCAUCAAUGCCACAUAUCAGUGCCUACCAGUGCACAUCAAUGCCACAUAUCAGUGCCCAUCUGAGCUGCCUUUCAGUGUCACCCAUCAGUGCCAGUCAGUGCCACCUAUCAAUGCCAAUCAGUGCCACCUAUCAGUGCUGCCAGUCAGUGCCACCUAUCAGUGUCAGUCAGUGCCGCCUAUCAGUGCCAGUCAGUGUCGCCUAUCAGUGUGCAUCAGUGCCAGUCAGUGCCACCUAUCAGUGUCAGUCAGUGCCACCUAACAGUGCCAGUCAGUGCUGCCUAUCAGUGCCAGUCAGUGUCGCCUAUUAGUGCCAUCUAUCAGUGCCAUAUAUGAGUGCUGCCUUUCAGUGCCCAUCAGUGAUGCCUGUCAAUGACUAUAAGUGCCACCUACCAGGGCCUCCUCAUCAGUGCCCAUCAGUGCCACCUAUCAGUGCCCAUCUGUGCCAUUAGCGCACAUCAGUGAAGGAGAAAAAUCACUUAUUUCCAAAAUUU